AUGGCGUCCUUCUUCCGUCGCUCGAUGCUCCGCCCGACAGCGCUGCGCUCUGCGGCCCUUGGCCUCUCGGCCAUCACCAGCGUCGCCAUGUGCGAGGCCGAGGCCAAGCCUGCCAAGAAGAUGGAGUUUGUCGGUGUCUUCCUCGACGCCAAGUCGCGCAAGCAGCUCGAGGAGCGCUUUGCUGCCGUCCAUGCCAAGAUCCCGGACCAAAGCACGGUCGUGCUGAAGUACAACCCGACGGCCGACGAGCUCAGCACGUUUGCGCCCAUCAUGGGCCACAACGUCAAGAUCGAAGUGAAGGCGCUCGCGGAAGACGAACAUACGCAGACGGCGGUGGUCGCGGUCUCGACGGAACACGGCGCCGUGCAGUAUGCGGUCGAGUGCCCCCACGUGACGCUCUCGUACUCUGGCGAAGAAGGCUACUCGCAGGCGUACGCCAACGUCCUCUUCGAGCGCCUUCAGAAGACGGGCAGCCUGACGCUUGAGGAGACGGACGAAGGCAUCAACGUCGGUCUCGGCGCUUUUGACGGCGAGCUCGCGGCGUUCGACUCGAAGCUCUUUCCCUUUUACAGUCCGUUCCCGGCGACGUCGGCCAAGAUGACGGUGCUCGACGAGCCGCUCGUGCUUUCGGGCGUCGUGUGCAGCUCGACCGGCUACGACGCCGAGACCGAGUCGUGCGUCGCGACCGAGAUCAAGAAGCCCGAGUGCGGCUUUUGCAAGUUUAUGAAGGCGGGUCCGUGCGGCAAGCAGUUUACGGCCUGGGAGGCCUGCCUCGACGAGUCCAAGGCCAAGGGCGAAGACUUUUUGGAAAAGUGCGGCGGUGUGACGCUCCUCUUGCGCGACUGCGUUGACGCCAACCCCGAGUACUACAGCGUGCUGAACGAGCCGCCCGAGUCGGCCGACGACGACGCCGCUGACGAGUCGGUCGAAGCGUAAACUUCUGAGAUCCAGCAAAAUAGAUACACAUACCCA